AUGGGUGCUUCUACAGGCCCUGCAGUAGCCAGUGCUCUUGAGCGCAACUAUGGUGCCAGCAAUGUGUGGGUCCAAGGUGUUGGCGGUCCAUACUCGGCUGAUUUAGGCUCGAACGCACUGCCUGGCGGCACUUCCCAGGCUGCGAUUAAUGAAGCUGUGGGCCUGUUUGAACAAGCGAAUCAGAAAUGUCCUGACACUCCCAUCGUUGCUGGCGGCUACAGUCAGGGUACCGCCGUGAUCGCAGGUGCCAUUCCCAAGCUCUCUACUACUAUUCGCGAUCAGGUCAAGGGUGUCGUGCUCUUCGGCUACACGCGAAAUCUCCAGAACCGUGGUGGCAUCUCUGACUACCCUAGCGAAGACCUGGAGGUAUACUGUGCUACCGGUGAUCUUGUAUGCGUCGGUACGCUUACUAUCACUGCCGCUCACUUCUCUUACUCGGAUGAGGCUGCUGGACCUGCGCCAAGGUUCUUGAUCGGCAAGAUUGAUGCGAACUGA